UACGAAACGUUUAAACGAAGACAAAAUGGCGACACAUGGUAGAGUUUCGGGUUGGCCGAGGAAAACCGGACAGCCUGCGGGCAGCACUGGCCCUUCUUUCGGGUCAAAGUAUGCAGGAUCAGUUGCAAUGACGCUUGAAAGAACGAUUAAUCUGUAUCCACUCAACAAUUACACAUUUGGAACGAAGGAGCCCCUGUAUGAGAAGGACAGCUCGGUGCCCGCACGCUUCCAGCGGAUGAGGGAGGAGUUUGAAAAGAUCGGCAUGCGUCGCUCUGUGGAAGGGGUGCUCAUUGUACACGAACAUGGCCUCCCUCAUGUUCUACUCCUACAGCUUGGAACUACAUUCUUCAAACUACCUGGAGGGGAGCUGAACCCCGGGGAGGAUCAGGUCGAUGGUCUCAAGCGGUUACUGACAGAGACACUGGGGAGACAAGAUGGAGCCCCUAUGGACUGGUUAAUUGAAGACACAAUUGGCAACUGGUGGAGACCGAACUUCGAACCCCCACAGUAUCCCUUUGUGCCACCUCAUAUAACCAGACCCAAAGAACACAAAAGCUUAUGCUUGGUGCAACUGCCAGCCCAAGCUUUAUUCGCAGUACCUAGGAACUACAAGCUUGUCGCAGCACCAUUGUUUGAGUUGUAUGACAACGCAGCAGGCUACGGUCCCAUCAUCUCAAGUUUACCACAAGCUCUGGGCAGAUUCAAUUUCAUCUACAACUGAUCUUGGCACAUAAUCUGAGGGAAUCAUCUUUGCACAUACAGCUGUGGAUCAGUGGUUACCAUGGCAACAAAAAACAUUACUGCCAUACUUGAGGCUCAGGUGUUUGUAAAUGGAAAAGCAUUCAGUGUGUCUUUUUCCUACAAGCAUGCCUGACUUUUUCUUGACUUACGAUACAAGUGAAAGACGGAGCAGAAAGUGAAUGUCCUGGCACUCUCAUCAUUGACUCCUGCAAGGAUUUCACUAUCCUAUGACCAACCCAGUAGCUUGUGUGUUGGGCGGUUCCAUUUGUAAAGUUCUUUUUAAAGUUAGCCAUGAAUGUAGGUUGGAAUUGUCCUUUUUGUCUAAUGAACUGGUUGUUUGAUUUUUUAUCUGCAUCAAACUGUAAUUUUGAUGCAUGCUCCCGAUCCUAUCUUUGAUUCAUUUACUUCAGGAGGAUGGCUUUAAAUUUUUUUUAAAUAUGAAGUUUCAAAAUUUUAGUAUGAGCUUGAUUUAACAAAAAAAUGUUUUAAAGUAAUAGUGUGAAUAUUUUUUGUUUUUGAAUCUUUAUGUUAUUUUGGAAGAUAUGGGAAAUUGUUGAUGAAGAUGAAACACAGAUAAUGGAUGUCAAGCUCCAGGGGUAUUUCUGACAGCUAUUUUCACCAUAGAUUCAUCCACAUACAGACAUGUCAUGCUUCAUCUAAAAUGUAUUGACAGGUCACAGAGUGCUAGGUGAGACUCAUUGUGUCUAGAUGGAUAACAUCUAGGAGAAUCGCUGUGGAAUUUGAGUGACCUACCUUGGCUGUAAUGUCUACAUGAAAAGCAUACCAUAACAUACCAACCAUUUCAUACACAUGAAACGUUCAACUCCAGUCCACUCACUCACUCACACAUACCAUUAUGUCAUCCAGGCUGUUGGGAUCCCCACCUGUGGAGCUAACAGGCUGAAACCCAAGGAGAGACAUUCAUCUACAUUAUUCUCCUUGUACUGAUGGCGUAUUGUAGGGCAGUACCGACAAAUGAUUAUUGGUUGUUUUUUUUUCAUCAGUUACCAAAACACAGGACAUCAUAAACUCUUGUCUCACAUUAAUCUAAUCAUAACAAACAUCAGUAUUGCAACAAAUGUCGGACGCUGAGUCAAGUUGUGUGAUACCCGUGAUACUGCCAUGUAAAGGGGGACGUGUAUGUCUCAGUCUGGGAGCUCACUAUUUUUAAGGAAUCCGGUGUCAAUUUUCAUGAUCAUGGAUAGACUAAUUGUCUCAAUGUUUCAGAACCUUUUUCUGGUAUUUAAAAGAUUUGGCUGAUGCUUGAUUCACUUCAUUAAAAAUGAAAAAAACUGAUGUGAAUUGGUAAACUUUUCAGCUGAUUUAACAAUUAUGAAGAUGUUAUUAUUUUGCAUCCAGAACCUCCCAACUUCAUCCAGUUUCCCCCUACUUCCUGUCUGUAACACAAGUUUGUAUUUUCACUUGUAUGUAUGUCAUGACACCCUGACCACAGCAGUCUUUGUAUAUAUCUAGAUGUCAUUUUGUCAAACAUAUGUCAUGCCUCUUCAUUUUAAUGAUCAUGUACACUUCCAUUUGAGUUUUACACAUUAAAAACUAAAUGAAUAA